AUGGAGGAAAAAGCUUCCGAAAAAUCACGUCGAGAACGGAGGAAAGAAUCUCGGUUGGCGAAGAAUGCAUCCAAACACCAAUCCUGGCUUCAACGCCAUAAAUCUGAAGCUGUAAAAAAAAGUAACAGUCAAAAUCAGGAGUUAAAGUCUGAAGGCAAAUUGGACCAAUCAGUUCAGAUGAAAUUGAAAUCUUUGUCUAAGAAACAAGUGCCAGCUGAAGAAUGUGCCUUGUCAGAAGAUGAAAAUUGUGGCCCUGUUGUGAAGAAAGUGAGGAAGGGUUCUCAGUCAAGUUCCAAGAAGAAGAGGAUUGAGAUGGGUCUGUCUGAGGUUUCAAUGGCUGCUCAGAAGGAUUUAGAGUUGGAAAGGAAACUCUCCAAGAGGCUUAAGGUGAAAGAAGGAAAGUUGGGGGGAAUGGAUGAUGGAUUGAACUUGUUAUUUGAAGGAAUGCCGUCUGGUGAUGAUUUAUUUGGAGGAAUGGAGGGUUUUGAUACUGAAAAAUUACCGAAAAGAAAGUCGAAGAAGAGCCAGUCAAGUAAGAAGCAUAAGUUAUUAGAUGGUGUACCGGGAUCCGUGGAAGGUCCUAAUGAACAUGUAGCAUUUGAAGAAGUUCCCGGUGGUGUAACUUCCAGGAAGAAGAAUCAGAAAAGAAAAUUGUCGAGUCAACAGCAGGAAGAUGGCGCGGAGGGUGGUGUUGCAGGCACUGUCAAACCUGUGGAAACACGUGGAACAGAUGUGACAUCUGGGGAUGUUGCUGAAAUUCCUGAGAAGAAAGAGAAAGGAAAAUAUAUAGCUCCUCACUUGAGAGCUCGUGCUGGCAAUGAACCUGAGGAGCAUACACAAAUUCGAAGACGUGUACGAGGCCUUCUUAACAGGAUUUCUGAAUCAAAUGUUGAGUCAAUUACUGGAGAAUUGUCCUUGAUCUUUCAGUCUGUUGCUCGCAGUGUUGCUUCACAGAUUAUGAUUGAGGAGGCUUUAGCAUCAUGUUCUGGAGGGCCCCGUGGCAAUAAACAAUAUGCUGCGGUGUUUGCUGCGUUUGUUGCUGGGAUGGCCUGUUUGGUUGGUAUGGACUUUGGUGCAAAGUUUAUGGCUUCCUUUGCCAAAUGCUUUGAGGAUGAGUAUCAUAAAGAAGACAAUCUCUCCUUGCGGAAUCUUGCACUUCUCUUAUCCUAUUUAUGCAUAUUUGGGGUCUGUUCUAGUGAUUUAAUAUUUGACUUUCUAGUCAUGUUGAGCAAGCGUUUGACUGAGGUGGAUGUGUCUAUUAUUUUGACUAUGUUACAAAGUUGUGGAAUGAAAAUAAGGGCUGAUGAUCCAGCUGCCAUGAAAACAUUCAUUCUUAAUAUUCAGGAUACAUCAAAUAAGUUGAAGGCUUCCUCUGGAGAUGUCCCUGAAAAGAAUAACAGCAAAAGAAUGGAGUUCAUGCUUGAAACCAUAUAUGAUAUCAAGAACAACAAGAAGAAGACAGAAGAGGUUUCCCCUCGAAUUAAAAAGUGGCUACAGAAGUUAAGAGUUGAUGAUAUUUCAAUUAGAGGGCUUACAUGGAGUAAGUUACUUGAUCCUGACAAGAAGGGACAAUGGUGGUUAUCUGGAGAUGUGGUUUCUUCAAAAGAUAAUGUUGAAAACGUCGCUAACAAAAUAGACAAAGAUCUUGCUGAAACCCAACGAAUGCUGCAGCUUGCUGCUGAUCAAAGGAUGAACACAGAUUCCAGAAGGGCAAUCUUUUGUAUUAUAAUGUCCGGAGAGGACUAUAUUGAUGCAUUUGAAAAGCUUCUGCGAUUGGAAUUACCAGGCAAGCAGGACAGAGAUAUAAUACGGGUUCUUGUUGAUUGUUGCUUGCAAGAGCAAGUUUUUAACAAGUACUAUACAGUGCUGGCUUCCAAGUUGUGUGAGCACGACAAAAACCACAAGUUCACUUUACAGUUUUGUCUAUGGGACCACUUUAAGGAGUUGGAGUCUAUGCCUCUUUUGAGGUCAAUUAACCUCGCAAAGUUUGUGGCGGAAAUGGCCGCGUCUUUCACUCUCUCCCUCGCAGUAUUGAAGACUGUGGAUCUUAGUGAUAUCCCUCAGCUAACUCCAAGAAGGAUUAUGCAUUUCCGCAUUUUGUUUGAGACCAUUUUCGAAUAUCCCGAAACUGUGGUGUGGAAGAUAUUCACCCGGAUCGCAGGGACGCCUGAACUUGAAAGUUUUAGACAGGGCAUUGAGUUUUUCGUUAAGGAGUACAUUUUGAAAACAAAUAAAGAUGUAUCUCAGAAAUUUAAGUUGGCAAAGAAAGCCCUUAAUAAUAUAGAAGGAGUUCUGAUGCAAGAGUAA